AUGGUCUUCUUUACCGCUGUCUCAGCCCUUGCAAUUUCUUCCACUCGAACACCCCAUCCUCAAAUCUACAGCAAGAAACUUCACAGCGCGAGAAUCUAUGAAGCUCUCACCACAAAGAAGAACUUGCGUACCCUCACCAAAACCGUAGAUGCCGCUGCCACGCCGGGACUUGCUGAGGGUCACCCUGAUUGGGCACAUCACGCGCUUGUCCUUGAUGCCUUCGCCACCAAAAAGCCCUGGAAUACCAUGACCAUUGAACAAGACGAGGUCGUCUUUGUCACCACUACCAGGAAAGCGGCCCCAGCUGCAGUCGAGACUGGAAAUGUAGAUUUGGCUGCUGUAGUUCCUCCCGGAACCUCUUACGUCAAGUUCAAUACUGCUGAUGCUCAUUCUACUCCAUCACUCCACGCCCGCGACCAAGCUUCAACCGUUACCCACGCGACCGAAAACGAGGUCAAGACAAUCAAAAUCAAACACACUACUACCACUCCUGUGCACUCAACGGAAAUCAAGACACUCAACAUUAAACACACUACUACCACUCCUGUGCACUCAACGGAAAUCAAGACACUCAAAAUCAUGCACACCACGACUACGCCUAUUCACUCGACGGUUAUUGAGACCAAUAUGCUCAUGCACACGAAGACUACUGUUGUCCAUGAGACUAAGAUGAAGACAAAGACCGUCGGUGCAAAGAGAGAGAUUGCAGAAACUCAACCCGCACAAUCUAUUGAAUGGCAAGCUACAUGGUCAGAACUGGUUGGCCUUGCUUCUGCUCCUUCUGCCGACAUCCACGCCAGAGAUGCAGAACAUGAUAAUGGCGGCGAUCCAGAGUUUGUGGUGGAGAUCGUUGUGCCAGAUGUUGUGUCAGAUGUUGUGGUGAAGGUCGGCGCCGUUACUUCCGCCACAUCUUCUGCAAUGGCUUCCUCGUCUACCGACGGCUUACUCUACUGGAGAUAUAAUUGUGGGAUCACGGGUUGUAUUCCCCCACUCGCGGCUCUCUCUGAUGCUACCGCAUUUUCCAAAUACAUCCCUACUGGUAUUGAUCUCGUUCACACCCCGCUUCCAACCGUGGCUUGAGGGUUGAAGACUAGGAAGAGUGCGUGAAGAAGAAAUCUG